CGGGGCUGUCUGGUGCUGGUGCAGCCGCAGCUCCCCGCCCCGCCUCCUCGCCGCCGGUGCCCUGCCUCCUCCUCCUCCCCCCGCCGUGCGGCUGGCGGCUCGCGGGGAGGGAGCGUGAGCAGCGAGCGAGCGGGCGGGGGUUAAAGGUGCCGCUGGAAGGGAAGUUUGGAGAAGGUCGUGCGGUGUCUGUGCGCUCCGGCAGCAUCAUGGCGGAGCCCAGCGACUCGCCUGUCCACCUCCAGCAGCCCCCGCCGCCGGCCGCUCCCGCCGCCUGGCCCAUCUGCAGGGACGCCUACGAGCUGCAGGAGGUUAUCGGUAGUGGUGCUACAGCAGUAGUCCAGGCAGCGCUAUGCAACCCCAGACAAGAACGUGUAGCAAUAAAGCGAAUCAACUUAGAAAAAUGCCAGACCAGUAUGGAUGAAUUGCUUAAAGAAAUUCAAGCUAUGAGCCAAUGCAAUCAUCCCAAUAUAGUGACCUAUUACACGUCUUUUGUGGUUAAGGAUGAACUCUGGCUGGUUAUGAAGUUACUAAGUGGAGGUUCAAUGCUGGAUAUAAUAAAGUAUAUCAUCAACAGAGGGGAACACAGGAAUGGUGUCCUUGAAGAAUCUAUCAUAGCAACAAUUCUUAAAGAAGUUUUGGAAGGCUUAGAUUAUCUACACAGGAAUGGGCAAAUUCACAGGGAUUUGAAAGCUGGCAAUAUCCUUUUGGGUGAAGAUGGCUCAGUACAAAUAGCAGAUUUUGGUGUUAGUGCAUUUUUAGCAACAGGAGGCGAUGUUACCCGUAACAAAGUAAGAAAAACCUUUGUUGGUACCCCAUGUUGGAUGGCACCUGAAGUCAUGGAACAGGUGAGAGGUUAUGAUUUCAAGGCCGAUAUGUGGAGUUUUGGAAUAACUGCCAUUGAAUUAGCAACAGGAGCUGCACCUUACCACAAAUAUCCUCCUAUGAAAGUGUUAAUGCUGACAUUGCAAAAUGACCCUCCCACUUUAGAGACAGGUGUAGAGGACAAAGAAAUGAUGAAAAAGUAUGGCAAAUCCUUUAGAAAACUAAUUUCACUAUGUCUUCAAAAAGACCCUUCCAAAAGGCCCACAGCAGCGGAACUUUUAAAAUGCAAAUUCUUCCAGAAAGCCAAGAAUAGAGAAUACCUGAUAGAAAAGCUUCUGACUAGAACACCUGACAUAGCACAAAGAGCAAAAAAGGUUGAGCAGAAUCCUGGGAAAACAGGCAUGAUGUCAGGUUCUGAGAAAGAGCAAGAUGGCAACAGAAGGGUUAGACGAGUACCUGGCUCUAGUGGCCAUCUUCAUAAGACGGAAGAUGGGGACUGGGAAUGGAGUGAUGAUGAGAUGGAUGAAAAGAGUGAAGAAGGCAAAGCUGCAUUUUCUCAAGAAAAGUCAAGAAGAGUAAAAGAAGAAGAGAAUACAGAGAUUUCCAUGAAUGCCACUAAUAUCCCAGAACAGAUCCAGAAUCUAUCUAUACAAGACCCUCAGUCCCUACCUACUGUUAGUGAUGAAUAUACUGAAGUUCCACAUGCAGUGAAUCUUGUUCUAAGAUUAAGGAACUCUAGAAAGGAACUUAAUGACAUACGAUUUGAGUUUACUCCAGGCAGAGACACGGCAGAUGGCGUUUCUCAAGAGCUGUUCUCUGCAGGCCUGGUUGAUGGUCACGAUGUAGUUAUAGUUGCUGCUAAUUUACAGAAGAUGGUAGAUGAUCCUCAGGCCUUGAAAACAUUGACUUUUAAAUUGGCUUCUGGUUGUGACGGCACUGAGAUCCCUGAUGAGGUGAAACUGAUUGGGUUUGCUCAGUUAAGUGUCAGCUGAUGUCUGUCCCUCGACCCCCAGCAGAAUUGUGAGUUUGUGAGGAGGCCAGCUUAGAUGCAAAGAAAAUUAAAGCACCCACACUGAGUUCUGCUUCAUUCUCUAGCAAUUCACAAAGUCAGAAGACGCAAAGCCCUCAGCUACACCGCUGCUGCUAACAUUCAAAAUGCUACUAAACGUCUCUUAUCAAUUUGGAUUUCCCCUAUGUGAAAAGCAUAUGGAAAUGCACUCAGGUGGCUGUAUUUAUUGGUUACAAAAGGAAUUUUCUAUCAAAUUUAUUUCAGCUUUCAUAAAAUUUCAGUGAUACUAUUUUAAUUAUGUACUUCUGAUUGACAAUACCACCUCUCUUCUGUUGUAUUUAGAAAUUAACAUACUUAUAAAAGUUAACCUGUAUUAGCCAAACUUGAAUUCUAGUUUUAAAACUGACUGUGAAUUUUAUUUUUCAUAUAUUUAUGCAUUACACAUCCUAGCUAUAAGAAAAUGAUUGAGCUGAUUAUGUGCUACUUGCAGUUAAUCUCCUGUUGAAACAAAAAAAGUUUCAGGUAUAUCUUUGAAGUAUUUGUAACUUCUAGUUUUUGAAAUGAUUUAAUUAUGAGUUUAGGAAGCUUUUGUUGGUUUGUGUGUCUAAAAACCAAUCCACAAUCUGAUUGUCAAGGGUGUGGGAGGUGCCUUGCAGACAUUGAUGUUUUGAGAAUGUGCCUGAGGCUGCUUAAAUCUAGAAUAGAUUCAGUUCUAGAAGCACCGUAUAUAUUUGUUCUUGGUUAGAAGGGGAUAUACUGUAGCAAAGACUUCAGACAAGUUUGGCCUAAACUAUGCUUUGUUGGGGAGUCUACAAAAGCAAGAAUUAUUAUAAAAUGUUGCCAUUAAGCUAGACUGCUUACUGUGCCCAUGUCUGAUUUGGCUUAUCCUUAAGCGAUAGAAAUUAUUUUGUAAAGGUGAUAAAACUUGAACAGAAUCUGAGCUUUACUUGAAAUUCUGCAAAAUACCAAGGUGGCGUGAAAAUAAUAGAAAGGGGUUUGUGCAAUGACUAAAAGGUAACAUUUUGUUGUUUAAAAAAAAAUAAAAUAAAAUAAAACCCCACUUCUGACCCAAGUAGUCUUAUGCUUAACCUGUGACAUAGCUAUUAUGGAGCUAAUAAACUUUAGAAAGAUUCUGAAAUUUGGAGUAUAUGUUCAAGGUAUAUUCCUUGGAUGUUACCAUUUAAACUACUUCCUAGCUAAAACUAGAUCAAUGGCAGCUCUUUAAUGUACUGAAAAUGGCAAAUAUAUAUUAAGAAAAAGUUAUUUAUAACUCCUUGUCAUAAUUGUUGGGGUGUCCUAGAGCCAGUUGCAUAAAACUCAGUGUAAUUUCAUUCCAUUUUAUUGUUUACACAAUUCAAAGAUGACUGCAAAGGUAAAAGGAAAAUAAAAGUGUUGCACAAAUA